AUGCGGGACCACAUUGAGCAUGGCUCCCAUCCCAUUCUCGCCUUCAAGAGGCUACCACCACGCUCGUGCAUUGUCAUUUAUGAAGCACAAAACAAAACACACCAGAAUAGGAAACGAUGUGCCACAAGCCACACCUGGGAAGUUGCUGGGAAGUGGGGGGUAGCUGGAGCACAAGAGAAGGCCUAUGCAGCAGGGGAGCUCAAGGAUUUAGAUUCCCCUGCGACAUAA